AUGAUCGUUGAGGGACCGGAACGUUUAUGUUCUCCAACAUGGGUAUUGCAUUUUCAAAACGGCAAUAGUUUUGAAUGCGCGACGCUUUUGGUAAGCUUAUUAUUGGGACAAAGUUACAAUGCAUUUGUGGUGAGCGGAUAUGCAUCACGCGAGCAAGCUAUCUGCGACAUGACCAGAAGAAAUUGUCCGUAUUUGCCGGAAGAAGAACGCACACCACCACCGGCCGACAUGCCUAAAAUUGUCAAGUAUCAAUUAAAGGCACCACCGGAUUUUAGAAGCCAAUUUCUCUUAGAGCUGGAAGAACGGGAGAGAAAAAAGAUAGAUGCCGAAUUACAACGACAGGAAGAAGAACAACGGAGGAUGAUCGCUGAGUUUGAGCGUCCACAGCCAGAUAAAUAUUUCGGUCACAGGAUACACGCGUGGGUGGUGAUUCUGCCGGAAGAUAAAGGCCCGAGAAGUGAAGAAAUCACCGAACCGAUUUUUAUCGAACCUGCCUCCGGAAUGUCAUACAAUCCGGCCGAUGAAGACACCAACUUGUUGUAUCUGGGGGUCGAAAGUAUUUGGAACGAUCAGAAUUAUUGGGUGAAUAUGCAACCGCGUGAAAAGGGCUGCGCGGAAAUUAAUUGGGAUUUGAGCAAAGUUGAAUUCUGGGAGCAUUUACUACCUGGUGAACCGUCUGUUACGCACGAAGAGAUGAAUGAGAUCGAAAGAGACGUGAUGCAUGAUAAACAUUUGGAUAUGCCAGCUUCAUAUGUGAAUGAAAUCCAAAUUCAUAGCUUAGAUUUUGAGAGACGAUAUCCGCAAGGCAAUAAAACGAUAUUUUACAAGAAGGCCAAGGUGGAGUUAUACGCGCCGUAUUUUCAAAUGGAUGGUUUGAUACAACGAGUAACUGUUUAUAAAGAUUACGAAUAUAACACUCCUGUUCAAUGUUAUGAGAAGUAUUUGAAGAGGAGCGACUGCCUUACGGAAUCAAGAAAAGAUUUCGAUACGGAUACUGUCACGGAUUUCUUUGAGAAAGGUCGAUCGGAUCAUUGUAAAGUGAAUCGCUAUCUUGCAUCUGCUAUUGCCUCAAUAGACAACGAAAGAGCGAUAGACUUUUACGAUAAUGCGCAAUUUGAUGGAUUAUCGCGCAUCGAGAUGGACCAACUUUAUUUGACUCAAUAUUACACAAAUCGUGAAGAUUUUCUUUAUUAUAGGCACAUUGAAUUUUCGGUAGACAAAAAUAUUCUGAAGGAUGGUAUACAUUUUCGACAUAUUUCAAAAAUCAUUGAAAAAUAUCAUAGGAACAAAGAAAUCCCAGCUUACCAGGACAUAGCCAUUCGCGAAUUCGCAAUGAUCGAGAACGAAAUUCGCAUUAAAUUUCAUUAUGAUAAAGAUCGGAGUUUCAGAGCCACUCGUACAUUCAUAAAACCAUCAAUGGCAGAUAGAGGAGAUCGUUUGGUGUUUGAUCCUGCAAUGACCUAUGGAUACAAUCCGGAUCCGACUGCACCGCCGGAAAAAAAUCUCGAUCUCUUUUAUGAUCUCGAUAAGCAUUUGAAAGAUGAAGAUCGUUGCAUAGUCGGUAUCAGGGAUGCUGAAACCGAAAUCAUGGGAUUUCUAAAGAGAAGGAUCGAUGAAAAUUCAAAUCCGCGGCUCGUGAUUUCAUUAUUCGACAAAAAUCGAAUAGCCGAAGCGGCAUUGGCUGAAUCAGAAGAUGCGAUAAAGAGUGAUGAUAUCGCGCAAGAGCUCGAUCCAUUGGGACCAUAUUUGGCGCAAAUAGGCAACCCGGCCUACAUCAGUAAGGCAGAAGCGUAUAUGUUGCGCGAUGACUGCUUAAAUGACUUUAAGCAGUGGUCUAUCGACAAAGCAAAUUAUCUUCUACGUACUAUCGAAAAGCGCGCUUUGGAACUGGAAAAGAUGCAAAUUUUGCUAACACAGUCUGUUGAUUUAUCGAAAGCGGAGGAGGAGCAGAUGCUAGCCAAGAUAAAUGAGAUAACUUUCAAUUUGCACGUGCUUGACACAUAUCUGAAUUGGCAUAGAAAUCAAGUGCCGCAGAGAUAUAGGGUAUUGACGGAUCGUUUGCAGCAAAAUCCGUACCUCCAAGUACUUCGGAAAAAUUAAAAAAAAAAAAAGAAAAAUAUUGGGAAAUUAUACGGAAAAACGAUUAUGAGGAUACAUACUGACAUCACAAAAUGUACAAUAUAUUUAUUGAAAGGACCACGAGCCCAUUUGACCAAUGCACCGACCUGAAAUAAUUUUGAAAAAUAAAUGUAAAACAACUUGAAUACGA